CAUCAACCUGCGCCAGCCUUGAAGCAAACAUUCAUUUCUAACGUCCUCCCCGGCUGCACGGACAUUUUAUCUUCUCGACGACUACCCUCCUCACGCCUCCUGGAGGCUUGCUCUCUAGCUGCAUGUUGGACGUGUGUCACCUUCAACCUUAGUCUCCAGGACCACCGCAGCCACAAGAUCGACUACGCGCGACCUCAACACCUCGGUGUCCUCUUCAUCUAUUUCCGUGUAUCACACCUCCAAUCGAACAGACGUUACCUCUUGUCCUCCCUCGACGCCCUUAUAUCGCCCUGCUCGUCAUCCCCGACCAUGCAAAUCCCUACCGCUGCUUUCUCGCUCCGUCUGUCAAAGAAAAACACCGGCUGAAAGAUCCAUGAAUUCAACGAGCGCACUGUUCGGGUUUUGUUGCACUUGAGUGCCUUCCCAACCACGGACCAACAUCGAUAAUGUCGCUCUCUGUUCAGCAGCGCCACAUGGGGACCUUGCAACCUGGCGAUCUCGUCGUCGUUAUCCGUGCGUUGGCUCUCUCGUACUUUUGGGCACCAGCUAAUGUUGAGCGACCAGACGACUUCGACGCGCGGAGUUCCGACGAGUUGACCCUCCGGAAAUCCGACCAGAUCGAGCUCCUGGAACUUGAUGAGGGUUUUGGCGAUGGCUGGUAUCUUGGAAGACUUCUCGACCAUGGGGCUACAGGCCUGUUUCCUGGUGUCUACACCGCGAAGCUCCCUCGAAACUUUGCCCCUGUUGGUGGCUCACCCAUGAAAACCCAGGAGCUCGGAGAAGAUCCCCGCGGAAUGAAACAACCAGGAUCUCAAGGCUCCGACAACGGCGGCACAGCACACCAUAUGGUUACAACCUCUCAAUCACCAAACCUGCUCUCGAGAACUUCUGCCGCCCCUCCUCCCGCCUCCUACAUCCCCGGCAUACAGCGCAGUAUCGGCCAAGCGCUUUCAGGCACAAAUAGUGGAGAGGACAGCCCGGUCAUGAAUGAGACUUUGAGUGUGAUAGACGAGCACAUCACCGAUUUAAGCACCCCUCGUCAAAGCCUCGCUCCACCUCAGCCCAUCUUGGAGGAUUCGGAAAGCGAUUAUGGCAGUCAUAUGGAUCGGGCGUCCUAUAUCGCCGGUCCUGAGACGGACAGUGAAGACACUUCUCGCUUGACCGAGACCGAAGUCAAACAGUGGGACGCAAAAGAGACGGCUGAAUACCUGAGAAGCAUUGGGGUUGAUCCAAAGCACUGUGACAUUUUCGAAGAGCAAGAAAUAUCAGGCGACGUGCUGCUGGAAAUGGACCAGUCUUUCAUUCACAUGAAAGACUACGACUUUGGGUUGAUGGGCCGUCGCUUAAAGACGUGGCACAAGAUUCGGGACUUUCAAAAUCAAGUUCGUGGCGCCAGAGAUUCACGCAAGAGCAGUCUCAGGCAGACCAGCUCGACCGAAGAAGUUCCAAGAUUGCAUUCACGAGCGUUGUCGGGCAACACUAUCCUACCACGAAUCCCAAGUCUUAUGGAGGAGCGAGGACUUUCUAUUCGUCAGUCGCAGCAACCUCAGCCAUACAUCCACAUAGCGGGUGCUUCGCCAGAGCAGCCACUGUCUCCGACCUCAUUCGCGCGUUCACAAUUAGGAUCUCAUACGCCACCAUCUCCGUGGAGGUCUUCAAUGGUUAGCGACAGUCCUACUCGACCUUCUGCUGCCUCAAUCCGCGAGAUGAAUCAUUCUCGUCGUCAUUCGUCCAUCGAUUUCGCCAAAACCGGUCUGACAGAUCCAGCACCAGGCUCUCCGAGACCCGCCAUAUCACACCCGCACAAGAAGAUGGCCUCGCUGGACCGAGACUGGUCCAUGAGUAAUGCGACCACUGCCAAUGCCGGCGAAAGUACGCCAUCACUCAAAAUCAGCACAGCUCCAGACGGUGUGGAUUUGACAACAACCCCACCUUUCUUCGGCGCAGGUUCUGCUAUCGAUCUCGACCGUGGCUAUUUCAGUGGAAACGAGGUUGAAAAUAGAAAGACACGAAAUUUGUUGAGGAAGAGAGAGGGCACGGAGAGUGCAGGCCAUUCUCGCCAACCCAGUGCACUUGAUGGCAAAACAAACCAGAACAUGAAGCGACACUCCCGGCUUAGUAGUGUCGAUUCGACCCGAAACCCUCCCAUGGCCUCGGAAGCGGCCAAAGCUUACCACAGCAGUUCGUACAGAGGACGGUUCCGUUCUGCGAGUGCACGAAAUCUCACAGUGCAACGAUCGCCCGUUGUCCAGUCUCCCACAGUAACAAAUCUUGAGGACGAAUCCCUCUCCAACUUGUCCUCUCCUAAAGGUCUGGGCACUAUAACGUCACCAGCUGUGGCUGCUUCUACGCAUUUCACGACAAGCCAGAAAGCUCGGAAACUGCUAGGUCUCCGUGCUGCUUCUGAAGCCGUCACGGGGAGCGAGAAAGAAGCUGCAAGCUCGACAAACAUAUCCUCCGAGCCUCUGAAAGACAGUCCUCUGGCAUCUCCAUCAGGCUCUCAGACACCUUCAGCGACAUCACGGAGCUUCGAUAUGGACAAUACAGAUGCGUCUUCAAAAGGCACGACCGAACAACUUGGACCGCUUCUACACACCAAGACACCUAUGCGGACAAACCCGAAGACGAAACGACAGACCAGCGCAUAUACAAAAGGCUUACUGCAGAUUUCACCGACCGAAGCUCGCCAACACUGCGACUAUUCGGGGUGGAUGAAGAAAAGAUCAACUGGUCUCAUCGCGCAAUGGAAGCCUCGACUUUUCAUUCUUCGAGGGCGAAGGCUGUCAUACUAUUACUCUGAAGAUGACACUGGGGAGAAGGGUAUCAUCGAUAUAUCAGGGCACAAGGUGCUUGUCGUCAAUUCUGAUCCCCUAUCAACGCUUCAAGCCACCAUAAGCGGCGCGACACCUUCCAUGGGGAAUGCAGCCUCUCCGACUGAGAAGUCACCGGAUGUUUCCCGUGGAUCUGGUGGUGGGACGCCGUUCUUCUUCAAGCUGGUUCCGCCAAAAGCAGGUCUUUCCAGAGCAGUCCAAUUCACGAAACCUACCGUUCACGUUUUUCAAGCCGACAAUAUCAGUGAAGGCCGAAAAUGGAUGGGCGAAAUCUUGAAAGCUACUAUUGAGCAUGAUCUCUCGAGCUUCGAAACGACGAACCGCCAGAAGACGAUUAGCCUGGCGAAAGCAAGAGCAAGGAAAGAGAGACCUCCAGCUCUUAAAGGCACCGAUGAGGAGGAGGUGGCUGAACUUGCAGAGAAACCCACGCCUCUAACAGAGAAAGAUUUCAACGAGGCUGGGUUGAACAUACAGGGACUCAAUUUUAGUGAGUCCCGAAUUAAUCUGUCGCUGACAAGUGGUCCCUUGAGCGCCACCAAAUCCAGCCAUGAGGGCGAUGGAGGGACGCCAAACACAUGACGACGUACGUGAGAUUGGGUAGAAUCUUGCAGAGGUGUAUAUAACCUAUCUUUGAGGAAUAUAUAAUAGACUCGAACAUUAAACAUAC